AUGGUGGAGAUUGAGGCAGAAGUGCAGAGAAGAAAACAGUUAAUUCAUCAGUCAGUGGAACGCAAAGCCAUCAUCUCAAAGUGCUACAAACAAAAACACCCAGAAGUGUACAUUCUGCAGGAUUCCUUCCUGGCCCCAGAUUUUCUAGAAAUCGUGAGAUACUGCACAUCACCGGAUGCUCAUCUCCAUGGCCUCCUGCGCUACAUUAAGUCCUUCUCAGAAGAUAAGAGGAUCUAUCGAAUCCCAGUGUUCACAGAGGAAUUCUGCCAAGCCUUUGUGGAUGAGCUGGAGAACUUUGAGCAGUCGGACAUGCCUAAAGGCAGGCCCAACACUAUGAAUAACUAUGGGGUUUUGCUAAAUGAGCUUGGGAUGGAUGAAACAUUCAUCACACCCCUGCGUGAAAAAUACCUGCGGCCCAUAACAGCACUGCUUUAUCCUGACUUGGGGGGUGCUUGUCUGGACAGCCAUAAAGCAUUUGUUGUCAAGUACUCACUGCACGAAGAUCUGGAUUUGAGCUCUCACUAUGACAAUGCAGAAGUCACCUUAAAUGUUUCACUGGGAAGAGACUUCACAGAAGGCAACUUGUACUUUGGGGAUUUCAGCCAGGAUCCUACCCCUGUGCCAAAGUACAUCGAGAUUGAACAUGUGAGAGCCCAGGGGCUGUUACACCGAGGAGGACAGAUCCAUGGGGCGCUUCCCAUUGGCUCCGGGGAACGCUGGAACCUCAUUAUUUGGAUGAGAUCAUCUGCCAUCCGCAACCAGCUCUGCCCCAUGUGCAACAAGAAACCUGAGCUGGUGGAAGCAGAGGGGUUUGGAGAUGGGUUCACAGAAACCCUCAAAGACGACGUACCCGAGACUGUGAAUCUCUGUUCCUUGUGGUAGCAGACGGUAGAGCCCGAUUUCUCCAGACCA